CUUUAAAUUCCCCCCUGCUCUUUCCCCUCCCUGUUUGCUGCUGGGUGUUCAUGGAUAAUGAUGGCAAAGUAGAGCCCAAGGAUUCGUGCCCACUUAUGUCCUGUUUUAAGGACAUGUUCAAAAGUUCCAAGUAGUUAUCUAUUUCUGUAAAAUACUAGGCUGUUUAAAGAAUAAACUUUCAACUCUGCAUCUGUAUUAUAAUAUAUGAAAAUGAUCUGCUGGAGUCAUACUUUUUUAUUGCAGUAUGAAAUAAUAAAACAGUCUGAUGUGUGGGCUGUUCACACCUUUGUCUGAACCAUUCAGAAACCACAAAAUUCAUUGGAUCUAUAUACAUUCAAGUGAAAUGCAUAAUUCAAAAUAAAUCAUUGCCAGGUUUUUAAAGAGAGAACAUAAGAGUGAAGCCAGAUAUCAGGAUUUAUGCUGUAAUCAAACAAAAAAGCAUCUUAAAUUCCUCUAAUCACGAGAAUUUAGAUUCAAAAUUGAAAAUUGCAUCGCAUGCUUUUUUCCUGGUUAUCUGCUGCACGUAUGCUGGCAGUCUUUCCUCUUUUUUUCCCCCUCAUAUCAAAUGACAGUUUGCAAUAUCAUGCAGACAAAACACAUUUUUGUGUUCAAAUAUGAAACUAACCAUUAAACAUGAACAAUAUGUUGUCUCGCAAAAACACAACUGAUUGUUUUUCAGGAAGUAAAAGCCAAACCUUUCACCACUCUCAAUGUGAUGUGUACCUGCCAAUAAAUUAGUCAUGGUUUGAAAAUCCACAAAGAAGAAAUGAAACCUGCCAAUUCUUUCUAAUGCAAAGAAAAAUCAUACUUCUAGGCACACACACGUUUCAUCAACAAAGUAUUGUCAACUGAAUUUAAGGAAGUCUUGAAGGAUCAAAGUUAGAAACAGUGAGUUAACUGCUCUCAUCAACCUGUAGAGCGGCUUCCAUGUCAACUGAAAACCAUUACGCCACUCACUGAUUGAUUAAGGUGCAAAAGAGAAACAACCCCUCACAAUAAGAAAUCAGGUUAACAUGAUCACAAUGUUAACCUAAUGAAUGAGUGAAGUGAGUCCUAACGGCAGUUUAGUCUCAUCAGGCUAGUUGCAUUAUGGGAAACGUAGCACCAGCAUUCCUGGAGACUGCCUGUGCUCCUUUGAUCUGUUGAGUCCCCCAUUUUUUUACUGCAAAUAAUUCUGUGGUUCUGCUGAAGGAGGUAUGACUUUUAUGUCUAAUUAAGUAUUUUUAUACCGAGAUAUUUGUACUUUUAUUUAACUAAAAGUUUGCAGUACUUCUUGUACCACUGCCAUCUUUACAUUUUGAAAAUUAAUCUCUUUGGUGUCAGAAAUUCCCUUCAAGAGUCAAGGUGUAAAAUAUCCAGCUGAGACCUUCGUGAUGCAACUUGGCCAAGGUCAAUGGUUCCGUAAUGUUUACCCCUCAUACCCAACUAUGUGGCUGGAGGAGUCUGGAGUGGGUGGGCCUUGCAAUGAUGUGCUCACAAAGUCUACACUGUCCAGAUAAUCCUGUGUACACCUAGUUCCACCCCUCCUCUCACCCCUCAGCUGCCUACCUUUCCAUGCUCCUACGCUGCCCUGUACUUUUCUCCUGCUCCUCUGCCAGGGUGAGUUACUUGUUUCAAGCCACUGCUUGAGGAGUUUUAGCGACGCUUUACUCUAUCCGACGGUCAUCCUUCACAGCCACCAUGGUUCACAGCGGUAUCUGCAGAGGGUUCCUACUGGUGCUCCUUGGCCUCUUGGUUGCCUUUGUACACACAGAGACAGUUGCAGAUCCUGCCUCAACAACCAGGGACAACCAGGACACCAUGUCUGGAGAACCACCCAGUGACGUCACUACCAAAGAACCUUUCCAGGACAUGACAGAGCAGUCCUUCACAAACGACUACGAGGACACCACACACUCCCAGGCCAUGGAUGAGGAGGAAGGGGUGCUGGGGCCGGGGGCCAUCACAGCCAUCGUUAUAGCAGUCUUCCUGGGUGCGUCUGUCCUCCUCGCCCUCAUCGUCAUCACACUCAGAAAGUUCACCGCAUCCUAGAGUGAAUGCAUCCCAUCCCGUGUGUGUGUGGAUGUGUGGGUGUUUGUAUGGCAUGAGUGUUUGAUUUUGUCUUUUGCCUCUCAUCUCGAUCUUUCGACUCCUAACUCUCUCCUCAUCUUCCUUUCAAAGAUGAGUUGUGUCUUUUGCUUUGCUGUAGAUGCUGAAAACUGUGGCAGGUCCCUUGACUGACUACUUACAGAUUUACUCCUGCAAACACAUUCUAACUGUUGCUCAACUGUUGCUCUACUUAAUCCUGAAGGUGUAAUGUUAGAAACUGGCUGGCUCUUCCAGUGGAAAUCGUAUUCAAUGUCCUUUUAAUUUUGUUCAGCUUUUUACUUUGUUUUUUUCCAACAUCUUUAUGAAUGCUCUACAGGAUUUUUGAUGUUUGUGGGCUGUUUGUUUUCUUGUCUUGAGAGGUUGGUGUGAAAUAUCCUGCAUGUGUGUGCUUUUAUUUGUACAUGGUGUGUGUGUGUGUGUGGGUGUGUGUGUGUGUGUGUGUGUGUGUGUGUGUGUUUGUGUUUGUGUGUGCGUGUGUGUGUGUGUGUGUGUGUGUGUGUGUGUGUGUGUGUGUGCUUUUGCUAGUCUGUGUCUUACUUUUUCCAAUCAAUAAGAAAGAUAUUUGAGAUAUAUGUGCCUACAUAUGAGGUUGUUAUUGGUCUUUCACAAUGAUUUUACCUUGCACCAAAAUAAUUUCUGAAACAUUCCCUUGUUGUCACCGGUGUACAAGUUUGUUUUGCACCAUUUACAAACAUUUAUAGAGUCAAAAUAAGAAGAAAACAUUUUUUAAAAAGGCUCUUUCAAUGAUUGUAAACAUGGUAGUCGGGUUGUUUGUUUUACCUGCAGAGCAAAUAUGAAGUUAGAGCAUGGAAGAAUGUGUGUUAUGCACUCAAGUGAGUGUUUGUAGAUUUUUGUUGUUGUUUUAUUUGCAGGGGGAAAAUUUUAUUAAAGUUAUUUUGUCUUUUUCUAUUUCCUCAGAGCCCUCAGCCAUACGGCUAAAUGUUGACAUGGUAAUUUCACUGCCAAAUGCUUUUGUUUUAUUUUGAGAUUUAAAUUGAAUAAAUACAUCCAAUAAAUCAG